AUGAGCCUAAAGAAGAAACCCAAAGAAGACGACCACGAAGCACUGGCCGGAGAAGAAGAAGCUGCCACAGAUGGUCAAAACUAUGUACUCGUUCCUCCGGAUGGUGGAUGGGGCUGGCUGGUGCUCCUGGGCAGCACAUUGGUCAACAUGUUGAUUCCAGGCACGCUUAAAUCAUUUGGGGUGCUGUUCGUGGAGUUCACAGAAGCGUUUCAUGCGUCGGAGACCGCAGCCUCAUGGAUACCCGCAAUUUGCUAUUUUCUCUAUUGUUCUUUAGGUCCUGUUUCGAGUUACCUGUCAUCAAUAUACUCAUAUCGUACAGUAACGCUAAUUGGAGGCACCUUAGCUUCUCUGGGAUUGAUGCUCUGUUAUUUCGCCGAUUCAAUCACAUUUCUGUACUUCAGUUACGGGAUGAUGUUCGGCUGCGGCGCAGGUCUGGCGUUCCCACCCGGAAUAUUCAUCGUGACAUCGUACUUCGUCAAGUACCGAGGGUUCGCCAACGGAGUGGCCAUAUCGGGCAGCUGCCUGGGUUCCAUGUUCCUGCCGCCGUUCCUGGGCUACCUGAUCGAACACUACGGUUACAAGGAGGUGGUGCUGAUACUCGGAGCCCUUACGCUCAACGUGUGGGUGGGCGCGAUGCUGUACCAUCCGGUCGAGCAGCACAUGGUCAAGCAGUACGUGGAAGACUGUGAGUACGUGGACGACGGGCUGGACAGCGGUGGCGAAACGGAUGCGGUGGUGACGUCUUCGGUUUCUCUGGCCGUGGCCGCGGCCAACUCGGUGGUCGGCGGCAAGAGCUUGACGGAAUUGCACCGGUGCGGCGUCGACGACGACGACGAGGACGGGCGGCACCAGGAGACGGUGUCGCUGCUGGCGCAGAACCUCAACGGUUACGUGAUCGUCAAUGAGCUGAACGCGUCCAGCGUUAAGGUGCCGGCGGACGAUCGGUACCUGCUGGCCGGCGGCGGCGUGGCGAUCAUCGCAGCGGUCAACAGCAAGUCGGUGGCGCGGCCGCUGGGCGGUGGUUCCUGUUCGCCGAAGUCGCUGCAGGCGUUCAGCAGCUGCGGCCUGUUGCGGACCACCAGCGGCGGCGCGGCCGACCACAUGCAGCUGCAGCACCAGAACCUGCACUACCAGCACCAGCACUGCAGUAACCUGCAGGCGCCGGCGAUCCGCGGCGCAGCCGCGUCUUCGUCGCUAUCGUCGCUGCGGUACGUCAGCACGCCGUUCCACGGCAGCACGUUGGUCAGCCUGUACGAGGAUUCGCAGCCCAAGAAGAAGCAGCAGCAGGAUCAGCGCCGGCGGCGGCGGGACAAACGGCGGUCCGGUAAGCAGCACGAGCAACCGGAAGCCGGCGGCGGCGGCGACGGGACCGACGAUCAAUCGACGUCGUCCCGCCGCAAGACCGUGGCCGGCGCGCUCCAAUUGCUGUCCGACCCGCUGUUCAUUGUCAUACUCGUGUCUAACGCCACCACGGCCAUCGGGUACACCAACUCGGCCAUCCUGCUGCCGUCGUACGCCAUCAGCAUCGGCCACGACAAGAGCAGCUCGCAGUACCUGCUGUCCGUGGUGGCCGUGCUCGACCUCGUCGGCCGGGUAGGCGGCAGCACGCUGUCCGACUGGAUCCGGCUGGACAAGCGGUACUACUACCUGGGUGGGCUCGUCCUGUCCGGAGUCGCGCUGUUCGUGCUCCCGUUCGCCGACGACUACCCGACCAUGUGUUGCGCGUGCGCCGCGUUCGGGCUCGGUUCCGGCGUCGUGGUCGGCAUCACGGCCGUCAUUAUGGUCGACAUGCUGGGCGAGGAGCGGUUGUCUUCGUCGUACGGCAUAUCACUGUUCUGCAACGGGCUGGUGCAGCUCAUCGGGCCGCCUGUGGCCGGAUACAUCUUCGAGACGAUCGGCUCUUACAAGCCCGUUUUCCACGGCAUGGGUGUCAUACUGCUGUUCGGUGCCUCCACGUGGCUGCUGACGCCGUUCUUCAAGAAGAACCAUCAACGCCACUGA